AUGAUCAUCAAAAAGAGAACCAACAAGGCCUCUACUGAAAAUCAACGUGCGGAGAAGAAGAAGAAAAUAGAGGAUGGCAAUGAGGAGGGUACUAUGAAUCAAGUUUUGGAGGAAAUUGCAACAAAUCAUGCUCAGGAAGUGGAAGUGGAAUUGAAUAAUUUAAAACCUACUAAUAGUGGAAAGAAUGAGAAAUCAAACAAUUCAAUACUUGCUGUAUCAACGAAACAAAACAAAAAGGCACAACUAGGAAUACAUCAAACAAUUAUAAAUGCCAAUAGAGAAGAAAAACAAGACGAAACUUACAUGGAUAGAAUAACCUCAACAAAUGUCAAUGAAUUUGAUGAUUUGGAUAAUAAGAAAAAGAAGGAUCUAGGGCCUACAAAAGUAUCUAAGAGUGUCAGAGUUACCAGUAGAAUGGAUUAUCAACCAGACAUAUGCAAGGACUAUUACGAGACUGGUUUUUGUGGCUAUGGAGACAAUUGUAAAUUUGCUCACGUUCGUGAACAACAUGUAAGCUCUAUUGAGCAUUCUAAAAAGUGGGAACAAGAACAAAAAAAGAAAUUGGAAGCUCAAUCAACCAAGGAUAUGAGAGCAGAAGGAGAGGAACAAGUGCCACAUGCUUGCUUUAUUUGUAAAAAGACUUUCAAUGAUCCAGUGGUGACGAUAUGUGGACACUAUUUCUGUAGCAAAUGUGCAUUGGAAAAAUAUAAUGCUGGUAAAAAUCCUAAUUGUCAAUGUUGUGGAAAUAAUACAAAGGGAGUUUUCAAUACAGCUCACAAACUCAAAAAGAAGAAUUAA